AGCGUGUGGCAGGUUGGGACCAGCGACGGACCCAAGGCUGACAGCAGCACAGGAGUAAAGCAGCCUUCCUGGCAGCGGAGGGGUUCUGGGGGCAAUGUCUCACUCCAGUUGUAGUGGCUCGGGGGUUCGGCUGCCACGGCCGUGGCCAGCUCAGGUUCAGCUCCUGCAGGAAACCAUGUUGCUGCUUGCCCUACUGCUCGUCGUGGGGCUCCCUCUGGUGGAGAGCAAUGGCACUGCCGUUAGUGAGCAAAACUGGAACUAUACUUUGACAUGUUAUUCCUGUGAAACUAUAAAUGAGUUCAGUUGUGAAGAAAAAGCAACCUGCACCAAUGAAAUUAGGCGCUGCAUGACAUUGUCUAUCCGCUUGAACUCUCGUGAAAUGCUGAUUAUCAAGAACUGUACAUACAACUGCUCAUUUGUAUAUCCGGUUCAACAGCCUGCACCAGCACCUAGAUUAAAGAUCAGAACCAAUCGCUUCUAUUUUAUACAAUGUUGUAGCUCAAUAAACUGCAAUGAGGGAGGCCCGACAGACCUGGAGAAGGACAUCAUGUUAGAUUCACCCAUUGAGGAGCCAUUGUCGUCCUCCAGGAUCAUCAGGGCAUCAUACAUUUGCCUGACCUGCUUCUACAUCGUAGUCAGACACGUCCUGACGGAACCAACCUUAUGCCUCCUGCGGCCCAUGUGCCUGAAGGCAGGUGGCACACAGAGUGGGGUCCGAGGAGGGGGUCCGUGUGGGGGCGAGCGGCAGCUGGCCGAGGCUCUGUGA